AUGUCAGAGUCUUUACUCACAUACAAAGGCAACUGCCACUGUGGCAUCAACCGCUAUGAGGUCCAAUUGCCCCAAUUGCCUUCAUUGGUGAUCUGUGAUUGCACACUCUGCGUGAAGAAGGGCCAUAUAUGGAUCUAUGACGCCGUCAUCAGUCUGAAAACAACGAGAGGAUGCACUGCCGACACUUUGACAACUUACAAGUCCUCUCGCGCAGAAGGACUAGAGCACGAAUUUUGCUCGACCUGUGGGACAGGACUGUUUGGAACGCAUGCAUCGGGAGCCCAGGCGGGGAAAAGAGGCAUCAACUUUCGUGUUCUUGUGUCUGAUGUGAAAGGAAUCUUCAUCAGGGGACGGGAGGUGAUUGCUUUGGAUUCUUCGGGCGGUAAGGAGCCUUAUCCAGGGGCUUUAAGUUUCGUCAAGAACGCAUCUCCACCUAAGGCCGCUGAGCUACACGAACCCUUGCACAGUGUACCCGGAGAUAAUCUCAAGUGUUAUGAGGGAAGUUGCGAAUGCGGUGCCGUGCAGAUUGCCGUCACAACGAAACCACUUUAUGAUGUCGAAAUCAAGGAAGAUAACUGCAGCAUAUGCAUCCGAAACGGCUUCAUAGGUGUUUACCCCCAUCAGUCGGAGGUCAGACUGGAUGGCAAAGACCAGACUCAGGACUACAAAUUCGGCCGUGGGUUCAACGGGUCGCCAUUUUGUCGUAUAUGUGGCGUUCACUGCUUUGGAAACCUAUACGGACCGCCUAAAGAGGUUAUUGCCAGAUUACCCGAAACAAGGCAAGAAUUUGUGCGUAGGCAGCUUGAAAUACAGCCACUCAACAUCCGCGUGCUCGACGGCGUUGAAUGGGACAUGAUCAAUAUCAAAUGGAGCAACGAGGGGACUGCGGGUUACUUGUUGUCAGAAUGA